AUGACACUCACCAUCGACAUUCCAGACGUACCAGAUAACCAAGGCCCAGCACCCCCGCCAUACACUCCCUAUGCGACAGAGGAAGAGUCCACCGUCAUCUCAAACGCCCAUCACACAAACACGGUAAACCGCCAACGCACCGUGCGGAAUCCCAAUGGGCACGCACACGCACACCCAUCACCCAACUCGACUCCGAGACCGAGUCCUCAACGGCGCUUCACUGUCCGCAACCCUUCCUCCCCGACGGCGUCCGAGAAUGCAGAGGCUGGACCAUCGCGGCCACGGCAGUCGUCCAUCUCCAAGCCACCACGGGCUUCCCUCCCCUCCGAGCAGAACGGAGCGCCUUCCUCGUCUGCUCCUGCACAGGCACCGCACACACCGCCGCGACCAGAAGACUUGCGGGACCGCGGACGCACCAACAAUGCUUGGCGGCAGUAUAUGCAAGGUCUCCCUGUCAACGGCGGACCGUCCAACGGCCCAGACAUCGGCAACUUGAGCCUGGAGGACAAGUCGAAUAAGCCGCUGCCGCCGACACCACCGCCCCUUCCUUCGAGAUCACCGCGACCCCCACCGCCAGUUCCACCACCACCGAGUAGACUCGACCCGCGCUCUCGCCAGCCCCCACCGCCACCGAUCCAAUCCACGCCGCCGCGCCCAGCUCCCGCGCCGCCGGUGUCUGCGCCGGUCGUCUUUCCGGCGCCCCGACCAGUUCAGCAGCGUCUUGGACCGCAUGACUAUGAAGAGAUGCCUCGACCCCAACGGCACUCAGCGCCAGUCGUUCAGCCGCCUGUGCACUAUGUGCACGAGGUGCCGCAGACAGUGCAGCGGGUGUACGAGGUACCAGUGCAACGGGUACAUGAGGUGCCAGUGCAGCGGGUACAGCAAGUGCCGUAUCAUCAGGCUCCACAGGUCCAGCCGGCUCCUCCGGCUCAGCCCUCUCCUCCGGCUCAGCCCUCUCCUCUGCGCCAGGUGCACCACUCGGCAUCAGUUCCGCAGUUUGCGCAUCCCGACUCACGCCAUCUGGUGCGGCCGCUGGACCCUCGGCGCUCCGAAUCUCAGCUCCCCCGGAGGCGGCUCAACAGCACGCCCAAUGCUGGACCAUCCGGUACGGCCUUCCACCAGAUCGGCCUGCCUCCUGUUAUUCCGGAACGCCGUACGAGUCUGCCAGAGCAGGGACCGCCGACUCCGCCGAAGCCCAGCGCUGCGUCCGAGUUCCCGCCCCCGAUCCUGCGCACGGCGCCGAAACCGACGGAACCGGCCAACUUCCCUCCUCCGCCGCGGCACAUUGUCGCUCGGGGAGGCACGCCGUCGAGAAGUCCACAGCGUAACGAUGUGAGGACGCCGCGUAGAGUGCCGAGCGUCAUUGACCUGACGCAGGAUACCUCACCGAGCUCGGCGGGGAGUCCGCCCAAGGCGAGCAAGGCGCCACGGGCGCAGAGUGACGUUGGGCGCCCCAGUCCGCGCAACACUGCCGCAGCGAGUACGGUGAGUGCGCCAUCCGCAGCGUCGCGGAGUGCCGCGAGCCCGUCCGCCUCGCGCAGUGUCGUCAGCGCCCCGGGUUCUACCCCGAAACGCAAGCCGUCCUCGCCCGCUGUGUCGUCUCCAGCGAGCCCAGCGAGCCCGUCCAAAGUCCGCUGCAGCGGCUACACCCGGUCCGGCGAGCGGUGUAAGCGUCUCGUGAAGGCUGGCGCCCCCGGCGCAGCACUGCUAGACAACGACGAGCGGUACUGCAAGGACCACGCGGGGCUGCUCCUCAAACCGUCGGGGUUCUACUCCCGCCGUUCGCCGGGCAGCGAGGGCACAUGGGUCGAGUUCAAGACGUACAUCCCGCGUGCCCUGUGGGAGCAGACGCAAGCCCUGCUCCGGACGACGAUGGAGGCGACCUUGUCCAUUAGCGAGACACCAGGCUUUCUCUACGUCUACGAGCUGCGCGGCAUGGGUGCGCCGAGCACGAGCUUCUUCAAAGUGGGGCGGAGCGACUGUGUACCAAGGCGGAUAGGGCAGUGGGCUGCCCAAUGCUCCUCUCAUGCUCCCGUGCUGCGGGAUGUCUUCCCUUUGGCAGAGGGCGGCAGCACGCUCCCCGGCGCGAUGCGUUCUGCUGGUCAAAUGGCGGCGGCGUCCAAGCGCUGGGAACGGCUUGUGCAUCUGGAACUGGCCGAUCGCGCGGCGGCCGAGAGACCGCUCGCCUAUAGGUCGCUUGAGGGAAAGUGCGCUGACUGCGGGGCGGUGCAUAGGGAGAUCUUCCCGCUGGCGAGUAGUGAGGGGUACAGCGUUGUGGUUGAGGCGAUCACGCGGUGGGAGAAGUUUGUGCGAGCGAUUGCGUAG